AUUGAAUUCAUUGAAUUGAGCUGUCCUGAGUUCUUAUGCAAAUUCUAAGUUGAGCUGCGUUGCUCAAUUUUAAGAAAAUUAAACAACCCAAAUUACAGGAAGCCAAGAACUCUGUUUGUUGUGCUUUAUGGUGUUCGUCACCUCACCAGUCACAGAACUUAUACAAAAGGAGCUUGAAAUCCAUUUACCAGCAUGGAAUAGAUAUAAGGAAUUAGUUGGAUCACAUGGAAGUUAUAUCCGACAGUUUUUUAUGGACAAUGUUUUGUAUGUUUCUGUGCCUAUAAGAAGUUUGAUGCUUUGCAUUAUCAGGGUGGUUCGUGAAGGAAAAGAACGUCGUAGACAAUGGGCCCAAAGGAAAACACCAAAGAAAACACCACAGCCGUCUGCUGGAGUUGAAAGUGUUCAAGAUGCCCCUGAAACUGAAACACACCAAGAAUCUUUGGGUAGUGCAGGGAUGCUUCCAAGCAACAUUGUUGAAUUGCUUGCAGCUCGUGAGAAACAAGUGUUCCACUCAGACUCUGAGGAUGAGAAUACUGACUCAAAGUCCACUAAGAAAAAGAAAAGGCUAAAAAGCUCAGGGGUUGAUACUGUUAUUUUGAAGGAGACACCUGCUCCAAAAUGCUUACAGAAUUCCUUGGCGUUCUUGGAGAAAAGGAAAAUGCAGGUGUCUAGAUCACAUGCAGUGUUGAACAACUCCAACCAAGCCUUACGCUUCCUCUCUUCUUCUGGCUUGUUGAGUAAAAACGUGACGAGCUAAAUGCCAGCAUUUUCUUACAUUUUUUCUCUUGAUAUGUGCUAUGAUAUUGUAUUCCCUUAGUCGAGCUAUGCUGAUAUGUAUCGUACUUGGCUCCUCUAGGAGGGCAUGCCUAUGAAUGAUCAAAAUGGAGAGGGAUCAUGUCCCCAUGGCCCAACUGUUUAUUUUAUAGAAUCUGCCAUUGUGUUGUAGUCGCAUUGUUCUCCAUCAUCUGUGACAUUAUUUUUCUUUCCUUUUUGUUUUAUUGAUAAAAGAAAGAGUUUUUCCA